AACAAUUAUGGUUAAAAUCAACAAUACUUUUUCAAAAAUCUAUAUAAGUAAACAAUUAAGAUGUCUAUGAAAUUAUUGGAGUAUUAUUUUUUAAGAACUGUCCGUUUAUGUGCCGACAUAUUGACCGCUUGUGUCGGUAGUAUAUAUUUGUCUCAUAAAAACUAUUUGCCUCCACUUUCCAAUUGUCUACUACUUGAGCCGGCAUCUGAAUUAAGCAAACGUAUAAAAAAUGGAAAGCUUAAAAGCGAGGAUUUAGUCAAAGCAUACAUUGAACGCAUUCAAAGUGUCAAUCCGUUAAUCAAUGCAUUGAUUGGCAAUCGUUUUGAUGCGGCCAUUGCCGAGGCUCGUGAAGUGGACAGAUUGGUUGCACUUGAAUUGGCCGGUCAGGUGCCCAUUAAUGGCCAAUCUAUACUUCAAAAACCAUUACUAGGCAUUCCCGUCUCCAUUAAGGAGUGUGUGUCUGUUAAGGACAUGACUUUUACUGCUGGUCUUUACUCAAGAAAAGGGACAAAAGCUAAACGGGACGCUAGAGUUGUUCAAAAUCUCAGAGAUGCCGGUGCUAUACCAAUAGGUGUGACAAAUGUACCGGAGUUUCUGUUGUGGUGGGACUCUAACAACAAAAUAUACGGUCGAACCAAUAAUCCUUAUGACAACUCUCGUAUAUCGGGUGGCAGUUCGGGAGGUGAGGGCGCACUCAUAUCUGCUGCUGGAAGUGUAGUUGGUGUUGGCACCGAUUUGGGUGGUUCAAUACGUAUACCGUCAUAUUUUUGCGGUAUUUUUGGUCAUAAGCCAACUCCAGAUAUCGUUCCCAUAACAGAAACCUUUCCAGAUGUGGGACAUCCGGACCGGGAAAAGUAUCUACAAAUCGGACCCAUGUGUCGAUAUGCCAGUGAUUUGAAGCCAAUGUUGACGGCCUGUGCCGGCAAUGCAGCGAAACAUUUGAAAUUGGAUCAGAAACUGGAUGUUAAAAAAUUACAAAUAUAUUAUAUGCUUGAAGACGGCGAUCCAUUCAAAACAAAUGUAUCCGAAGAUAUUAAACAAUGCAUACAACGAGUGACACAAUUUCUCGAUACCCAAACCGGUAGACCAGCCGAACAUAAAGUGUUGCGCAAUAUGAAGGACUCGGUAUGGAUUUGGUGCUGUUCGUUGGCCAACGUCGAGGCCCCGUAUCUCGGCUCAGAACUUACCGAAAGAUGCGGCGAAGUACACGGUUGGUCAGAGUUAGCCAAAUGUAUGAUCGGACGGUCACAGUUUCGGCUCAGUACUACUAUUAAUGUACUUCUCUAUAAUCUAUAUAAUCCUAAUCAAAGACGACAUACGGAAAAGUUUCAGAAAUAUGUCACCAAAGGAGAGGAACUGAAGUUAGAGUUAAACCAAUUAUUAGGUGACAAUGGUGUGCUCAUAUACCCAACCCUACCAUUUACGGCACCCAAACAUAAUGUGACACUAUUGAACACAAAUAAUAUUGGCUAUACUAUGAUAUUUAACAUAACUGGUAAUCCUGUAACACAGGUGCCAUUAGGACUGACCAAAGAUGGUCUUCCAAUGGGUUGCCAAGUGGUGGCCGCACCAUAUAAUGACCACUUGACUAUAGGAGUAGCCGAACUAUUGGAAAAAGAGUUUGGCGGGUGGGUCCCACCCUUUAAUAUAGAAAACAGUGAUACAAACAAUUGUAAAUAUGAUAACUGUGCCACUAAUGAUAAUAAUGCUCUAAGCACUGGUAUAGCAGCAGCACCUAUAGCUUUGAAAGCUGGUCAGGGAUUACUCGGUCUCUAUGUGAUGGCCUGUCAUCGGGCACCCCCUCCACAUCCGAUUGGUUGUAUGUAUCAGAUUUCAAAAGGGGCUAAAAAUCAUAUCAAAGAAAUAACAAAAGAUAUUAUUAAAAAUAAUAAUAAAGUUUUUAGAAAAACUGUUUCAAUGCUUUAUAAGCCACUAAAUGAUCAAAAUGAGUGA